UCUGCCGAUCGCUUCUGUUUUUUUUGUCGCUCACGGUAUUAGUUGUCUGUUCGCGUCCCCGGGGGGUGGAGUGGUGCUGGAGACACGGGUGGUCUUCACAAAUGCAGGAUGCACGGUGGGUUGCAGGAGUGAGCGACUGACAGCAGGCUCGCUCUGAGAGUAACCCAGCAACUCCAAAACCGCUCAGACACCACCCUCACUUUUCACUGUCGCCUGACUGCAUCUGACAACACUGUGUAACUGGUUUCAUUUGUAAGCCCACGGUACAGGUGACUGAGGCGUACACCUUUUCCAGAGAGAUCGAUCGUUUAUGUUAAGCAAGCCCUUGGAGGACAGGCCUGAACAUUUCAGAAUUAAAGUCUAAAAUAACACCUUUUGUAGAUCUGAUUAAAGCGGUGGAAAUGACUGGUGAUUGAUGCAACGUCUGCAGUCUCUUCCUCCAAGAGGGAUUCCUAGACAAACCGGCCCCUCGACCACCGGAUUAUCUCUAUUCUUCCCCUCUCAGUGUCCGUUCAGACUGGAGGAGGCACGGAAGAGAAUCUGCAUCAAUUUUUGGCGGAAACUUUUUUCCGGAACAGAUAGUGGUGGCUGCAGGUGGAAGGGCUGGUGCUGAAGUGGUGAUCUCUCCUUCUCCCAUCCCUCUCUGCCGGUGCCUGUAAGAGCUGAGGGUGUUCAUCCAUCCACCUGUUAGUAGUCAGUUCCAGUCUGAGACUGCCCAGCACCAAGGGCUGGACCUGUGAGGCCGCAACUUCUGACCCUCUUCCGAUAAUGUAAUUUUAACCAGCGGUGUGAGCAGCUGAAGAUGGGGGGCAAUCAUUCUCACAAAACCCCGGUUUUUGAUGAGAACGAGGAUGUAAACUUUGACCAUUUCCAGAUCUUAAGAGCAAUUGGCAAAGGCAGCUUUGGGAAGGUCUGCAUUGUACAGAAGAAAGACUCAAAGAAGAUGUACGCCAUGAAGUACAUGAACAAGCAGCAGUGUGUAGAGCGGAAUGAAGUGCGGAAUGUAUUUAAAGAGUUGCAGGUUAUGCAGGGUCUGGAGCAUCCAUUUCUUGUCAAUUUAUGGUAUUCAUUUCAAGAUGAGGAAGAUAUGUUCAUGGUAGUGGACCUCCUCCUGGGCGGAGACCUUCGUUACCAUUUACAACAGAAUGUUCACUUUAAGGAGGAAACAGUGAAACAUUAUAUUUGUGAGCUGGCUCUGGCAUUGGAUUAUCUGCAGAGCAGACACAUCAUUCACAGGGACAUUAAACCUGACAACAUUCUUCUUGACGAUCAUGGACACGUGCACAUCACUGACUUCAACAUUGCAGCGUUGGUGAAGGAGGAGAAGCAGGCUACUUCCAUCGCAGGCACAAAGCCCUACAUGGCUCCAGAGAUAUUCCAUCCCUUUGUAAAUGGUUGUACUGGCUAUCUGUUUGCUGUAGAUUGGUGGUCUCUUGGGAUCACAGCCUAUGAGCUUCUCAAAGGACAGAGACCGUACGAAAUCCGUUCCAACACUUCAGUUAAUGAAGCCCUUCACAUAUUCAACUCGGUCAGCAUAAAAUACCCCUCUAGCUGGUCCAAUGGAUUGGUGUCACUGCUUCGGAAGCUGCUUACAGUUAGCUCUGCUCAACGCCUCUCCAGCCUGGCCGACAUGCAAAGUUGUCCUUACCUCGCCGAUAUCAAUUGGGAUGCUGUCUUGGAGAAGAAGCUCACUGCUGGUUUUAUUCCCAAUAAAGGACAAUUAAACUGUGACCCCACAUUUGAACUCGAGGAAAUGAUUCUGGAGUCUAAACCUCUUCACAAGAAGAAAAAGCGUCUGGCAAAAAAGUUGAAGGAAAACAGAAAAGACAACGCAUCACUGAAUGGACAUCUUCAGCAACAUCUAGAUGCAGUGCAGAAGGAAUUUAUUGUUUUUAACAGAGAAAGGCUCAAUCAAAAUCCAGGUCAAGCACAGCAAAACUGCACAGCCGACAAAGAGGAGCACCAGAAAGAAGAAGAUGAUGGCAAAAACAACAAUGUGAUCAAGACAACGCACACGCAGCCAUACCUAAAGCAGCUCAAUUGCUGAGAAGGACCUGACUCUACCCAACUGCCCCAUGCCUUAACCUCCCAAGAUGUUAUUGCCACUGACGGCUACAAUCAGCAGCAAUCACAUGAGAUCUCACCAUCAGUACCUGUGAAUAUGUGUCUCUGGGAAAUGCAGUAGAACAGUUUGUUUUCUAUGCUCCAGGUUUACACUUGAAUCUUUCUCUGGAUAAUACAGUUAUUAAGUAUGAAAAAUGCAGUUUUAAAACAUGAAUUAAAGACUAACAUGUUAUGAAGCUUUUCAAAACUUAUGUAGCACUUUUUAACCAAAAUAAAUAAUCUAA